CACCUCCAGUUCCCCAUGGAGUUUGAGUUCAGUCAGUACUACCUGAAGUUCUUGGCCUACCACUACGUGUCCAACCGCUUCCGCACCUUCCUGCUCGACUCAGACUACGAACGCAUCGAGCUGGGAGUCCUGUAUGAGGAGAAAGGUGAGAGGAAAAGCCCUCAGGUGUGUAAAUCUGUGUGGGACUACAUCGACAGACUCAACAAGAAAACACCCAUCUUCUUCAACUACAUGUACUGUCCUGAGGAUUACGAGGUGCUGCGGCCGUACACCUACACCUCCAACCUGAAGGUGUGGGACUAUUACAUGGAGGAGACUCUGUCGGAGGGGCCGUCCUACGACUGGGAGGCGAGGGGCCGGCAGGAGCGCGUGGCAGAGGAGACGCCGGAGAAGCCCGACACCAGCGGGCCCAAGUCGCAGCGGCACAUCGUGUGGCCGUGUUACGACAGCCUGAGCAAGACGGUGCCCGACGCCAUCACCAAGCUGCUGCAGGACCUGCAGAGUCUGGAGGCGGAGCUCGGUCAAACGUCAGAGAAGUGGAAGGACACGUGGGAUAAAAUCAAGACCACGCAGAGGGCGGAGAUCAAACUGGAGAGCAAGCCAUCGUUCACCAGCUCCCUGCUCAUGUCGUCCAACCUGAGCCACCAGCGGCGUUCUCAGGGCGUCUACCUGCAGGAGAGCGGCGUGGGGUCUUCCAUCAACCUGGCUCUGGACUGCGAGGCCAGCGCCACCUCCACGCCUGUCGCCGGUCGGCCGAGCACCAGCACCCUCUACAGCCAGUUCCAGAGCACGGAGAGCGAGAACAGGAGUUUUGAAGGCAUUUUGUACAAGAAAGGGGCAUUAUUGAAACCAUGGAAACCACGGUGGUUUGUCCUGGACAAGACUAAACAUCAGCUGAGAUACUACGAGAGCCGGCAGGACAAGGAGUGUAAAGGUGUGAUCGAGCUGGCUGAUGUGGAGUCCGUCAUGCCAGGAACGCCCACCAUGGGAGCGCCGAAAAACAUCGACGAGAAAGCCUUCUUUGAUCUCAAGACGACCAAACGAGUGUAUAACUUCUGUGCCCAGGACAGCGCGAACGCACAGCUGUGGAUGGACAGUGUUCAGAGCUGCUUGUCGGACGCCUAGAGCAGAAGCAGGACUCUUAAACGAGCAAUGCACCCAGGAACGAAUGAGCAGCGCUGCGGCACCUGGCGGACGUCGCUCUGCCAGCCGAUCCCAGUGAAACGAAGGGGAAGGGGCCUUUCACCACUUAAGCUCUGUUCUGUUCGCUAGUGUUGAACUAAUAACCUCGCGUCACAACGUUUCAGUGUUUUUGUUAUAAAAAAAAAAAUAUAAGAAAAAGGACAAAAAAAAAAACCAACCCAGAAGAACCACUUGCUGUCGUCUCACCAAGUAGCUGCAGCCUCGCACCUCCCUGACAGGCUGACCACUAUGUGCGCUGGAUGUCUGUGUGCACAAAAGCAUAUUCGAGCACGUCGUUGCAUCUCUGCGAGGCGCCCUGCAGCUGGGAGCAGCAUGAUGAUGUUUCCAGGCCCUCCACCUUUAAACCACAACCUCUCCCUCCUACUAACCCUGCGCACCCUUUAAAGACACUCCGGGGGAGGAAUGACGGAGCAGCAGCAGCAGCAGCAGCAGCAGCGGCGGCGGUGGUGGUCGCCCAUCACACAACCGGUGAGACCACUCAGGAGAAGUGUAGAAGAUUGACUGAUGGGUUGACGGACCAAAAAUAACCCAGAGGAACAAACGCUCUUUUCUUCCGGUCCUCAGGGGUCUGUGCUCUCUCUCUCUCUGCCCCUCACUGCCCGAUGUAGCCGAUGUCUUUACAAGUCGUAGAGAAGUGGACUGUGUCGAUGCAGCUGGGGGAAAGGAGAGGGAGGGACGCCUCAACGGAUCAUGAAGGAUUUUU